UUAACACCUCCCCAGGGCGAUUGGGGUCUGCCCCUUUCUUCCCCACGUACGCGACCUGCUCUCUCUAUGGUUCCCUCUCCCACACGCCUCCUCAAGCGACCCCACCUCACGCUCCCGAUGCUGCGCCGACACCUCCUCCCCUUCUCUCACGGCCUCUACGAGCAUCCGCAAAUCCUCCCUCUUCCCUAAUCUCCUUCCUUUUGCCUCUCAAUCACGAAUCAGGAUCCAUGGAGGUGUCCGACAAGUGCUACUCGAUCUGCUAUACGGCAGCGGCGGGGAACACCGGCCGUCGGUCUGCCUCUCGAUGCUCAUCCUUCGGGAGGCUGCGCGCGGAGCCUGCCGCUGAACUUCGCCUCCACAUCGCCAUGAAGGUGGUUCUUCUUCUUCGCUGACCUGUUCAUCCAUCGCUCGUCUUGUUCGUCUCUCUGUUCUCCGGUCCUCGUCGUCGUCAAGGGAUUGGCAUCAUCGGUUCAUAAUCAAGUUUGACUCAUUAUCUAAUCUGCUGGGCAUAUCGACUCUGCGGCUAAGGUGCGCUUCCCUCUCUUUUUAACUUGUUUCGGUUGCUUGUGCUUGGAUUGCGUCUGCUUAUUCGCAGUUAUUUUCGCUGUGCUAUUUGUGAUAUUUGUGAGAUGCCACAUCUUUGAUAUGAUCUCUUAUAGCUAAGAAAAGGUAAAAAAACAUCCUUUUGUCUUCCAACUCAACAAUUAUUUGACAUUGCUAAAAUAGAACCAUUUUAUUUUCCCUAACUAUAUCUUGACUAUAUAGGUCAAGACUGACUUGUUUUCGGCACACAUGGUUCCCAUUGCCUUGUUGUGAAACAAGGCAUAAGCAGAUACCAAAAUUUAGGGUCGAUCGAUGGGUACGAAACACAUAUGUCAGUGAAGUAACUUUGGGGAAGCAUGAACUCAAAAAUUUAGGAGCACUUGACAGCGAGACGGAGUUAACUGAAAGUAAUCUACAAACUUUGAGAUUUCGAUUUCUGCCUCUGUUACUUUGUUGAUGCUCAUGAAGCGUUUCUUGUUAUGUCUGCUUCAAUUUUCUUUUCUUUUUUCUGUUGUGUGAUUUUCCAAGCAAGGUUGUUUGGUCGAUUCUUGUUUUGCUUCUUUGAGCUUUUGGUUUCUGCCUCUGUGAAUACGCUCAUCAGGUGUUUCUUCUUAUGUGUGCCAAGUCUGCUGUGCUAGAUAGAUGACAUGCCUGCAGCACAAGUUAUGUUGAAACCAAGUCUGCUGUGAAUGAUAAGCAAGGUUGUUUGGUCGGUUCUUGUUUUGCUUCUUUCAGAUUUUGAUUUGUGCCUCAUGCUAUCAUUAUCCCAUCAGAGUAGGUACAAAUCAGAGGAGGUUCAAUCAUGUUAUCAUUAUGGUUUCUAUAAUUUUAUUAUAGACGGAUGCUUCUUUUCCCUUGUUUGUUCUAUACAACAAAGUGCACUUUCGAUUGAUAUUAUUACAUGUUAUUAAAAGUGCAGAUUGUAGUUUUGGUCACUCAAGUAAAAUUGAGGGAGUCAUUAACAGUAGGUGCUAAUUGAGGUUGUACAAGGAUAUCUUCAGUUCUUGAUAAAGCAUAGUGCCAUCUGUCUUCCCCCCCUUUUGUUCUGCCAGAUCUGGUUCUUUUUAGUUUCUGUACUUGUUCUUGCUGUGGGGUUCUUGAUGAGUCUCAUACAGAUUGAUAUGGUGUACAUUUUUGCAAGUGUGUGUACAGUCUGAACAAGUGAUUAGUAUAUGGCUGAGGCUGUAAAUUCUCUUGGUUUUUACUUCUGGAGUUCAGCUAGAUUCAGUUUUGCGGCGUUUAGUACACUGCUAUUUGAGCAGGCCAGCAAAGAAUUGCUUUACUGAUUGUUGAGCUGUGCUGCACUUUUUCUUCACACGAAAUGACCUCUUUGUUGAUCUUUUUUCCCCGUUUUCUUGGAGAGUGCUGCCUUUGCAAUGGUUUGGCCAUAAAUUUGUUGUCUUGCGAUAGCCAAAUACUGAACUUCAGAGGGAGACAUUCGCUGUUUUUCAGAAUUUAUGGAACUACAAAAAAAUAACUGGCUCAGCUUAAUAAUUCUGCUUACACCCCUGUUUGUAAAGACUUCUGUUUAGUACACGCUUGAUACCUAGCAGCAGUACCCCUGUUUUGUUAUUACUACCCCCGUUCCUAAAUAUAAGAUGUUUUAGUAGUUCAAUUUUAACUGCCAAAACAUCUUGUUUCUAGAAACAGAGGGUGUAUUUGACUGCAAGAUUUGAUAGCAAAGCAUAGCAGUAAGUGGUCCAAAGAAAGGACACCGCUUCUCUCAAACGAUUUAAAUGUCUACCUAACUUGCUUCUAUGAAUUUCCUGCUCUAUUCUUGAUAUGUCCGAUGGUUAUAUUAGCCCUGUAAUCUACCGACGCAUCGAAAAUAAUAGUUACUACAAGAUCUUAUCCCUGCUUACACAUUUCUCAAAGAGAUGAUAUAGGUGACACGAUUAUCUUGACAACAUAGAGCAUGUAUGUUUGUUGUCGUUGUGCUUCUGUUCUGUCAACUGAGCGUGAUAAAUUCUCUCUGUUUGCAGCUUUCUCUCUUUUUUUCAAUCUUUGCUCAUAUGGACACAUCCUCUGCUAGCUCUUUAAUUCCAUUUAACUUAGAGCCUGUUCGGCAACACUCCACUCCUCUAAUUUCUCAACUCCACUGCUUACUUCUCAACUCCCAACUCUACUUGCAUAUUUUAGAAUUUUGCAAAACGUUCGGCACCCAACUCCAGCUCUUCUACGUGUGCGCAUGGAGAAAAGGAAUCGGGGCAAGCGGGGAGUACGAGAGAUUUGUGGGGUUCUGUUUCCUUUUUUUUUCUCGAACCGGUAAGUGGCGUGUAAAAAUUUGUACGAGCCAUCGAGAUGGAGCGCGCGGAGCGUCACUUUCCCGACUCCAGCGAUUUGUACUACGGGCCGCUCCGCUCCGGAUUAUGAAAUCUACGGAGUUGACUCGUUCGGUGCGGCUCAGCCGGCUCCCGUAGCGGAGUUGAGGAGCAGAGGGCUCCCGAACACCCCCUUAAUCUCUAUCUCCAUUUAACUUGUUGAUAUAGUACCACCUCCAUUACAAACCGUUCUUUUGAUCUGCUGCUCUCCUUUAUUUCUUUCCAUUUUAUCUUACUUCCAAUAAUUAAUUUGAGGUUAAAAUCCUGAAAUUUAGUGAUGUAAUGCACCAAAAUUGGGGUAGUUUUAUUUAUUUAUCACAAGAAAUGAGUGCUACUAUUAUGCGUUUAUUCUUGUUUUGUCAUUAUUCUAUGAUGAUCAACCAUGACUGUUCUUUCAAAGUGAGCUUCAUUUCUCUAUAGUCAACUCUUUAAAUGGUAUUCUUUUGAAUAUUUUCAGUGCCAUGUUUACUUAUUUUAUACACUAUACAGUGAUGGUGAAAGACUUGAAGUAGAUCAUGCUAGCAUUUUCCCAAUGUGAUGACUAUGACCAAUAGUUAGCCUGCACAUCUUACUUUCAAUGCCUUCGAUCACACCGUCGCCACCUAAAAGGUAUGCGCCCUCGCCCCCUUUUAUUCUCUUGCCCUUUCCGCCUUGCUGGGAGAAGAUGUAUGUGUGUUCUGUUUUAGACAAUGGUGUUCAUGUAAGCGCGUUCAUGCCAUGUUCCCAAGUACUAUGUUCUCUUUUAUUUCUGGAAUCGUGUCUAUUCGCACAAGUACUAUGCACACAGCAACACAUGGUCUAUACUGCUGCAAAUUGUUCUGCGUUAGCUUUGAAUCUGUUAGUGAAGUUGUUAUUGUAUGGUAACGGUGUACUUUUAUGGGCUGAUUAAUAGAAUGGAUCUGUAUGUGCUAUAGAUAGCUAAUCCUUUGCAACAAUUUAAUAAGAUGCUGAAAUCAAAGGCGUGGCCUCUAUUUGAUCAGCACGGUAUGCUAUAAAACCGAGAAGAAGAGAAGGAGUAUGGGUGUGAUUUGCUUCUGUUUUCGUUAUAUAAUUGUAGGCUCUGUUGGUACCAAAUUUUUUUUCUGGUGUAAAUUUUUGCUCUUGCGAUUUGUCUCUUGUAAUUAUCUUGAAUCCUACAGUCAGUUGCAUUUUUGGUUCCUACAGUCAGUUGCAUUUUUGGUACCAUGUGAGAGUUUGGUCCUGCAAUUCGGUUCCUACAGUCAGUUGCAUUUUUCUUGUAUGAAAUUAAAGUGUCGUAGUUUAUCAAUAUCACCCGAAUUGGACCAUCUGACAUUUCAUAAGCUUUAUCAGUACUAUGUCCUCCUUAGCUGUACUGCUGCUCCAACUGAAGGUUUGCUCUCAGUUUCAGAUCUCCCUGAGUUAUUCCAGAAUCUAUUAUGCUCUUUUACAUUGAAUUCCUUGGGUUGAAACUGUGAGCUGUGCCUAUUUUUAAUUCUAAAAUAUAUCUGCUUUGUCUAGAGAAGGUAGAACGACAAGGUUAUUCAGAUGUUUUACAGUAUCUGAUAUGCCCCUUAAUUAGUAAGGUGGGCUCACAAGCUUGGGUCCUGAGCCACAAGAACUCGAGAAAGGCAUCAUACAUUCCUUUUUUUGCAAGGCUUCAGAUACGAUUGCCCAUGGACAUGUCUCAGAAUCCCCCAUGUCAACAACUGGUAGCCAAAGAUCUUCAUGGAACUGAGUGGCAUUUUCGUCACAUUUUUUGUGGUGAUUUUACAAUUUGAGUAUUCAGCUUGAAUACCCUUUAAACUUUCUGUCGUUCUGUUCUUAUUGUUUUCGUAUAGCGGUAGAUGUCACAAUUGAAUGUUGAAUUCUUAUCACUGCAGAAAAUUGCAGCAUAUAGUGAUUCAUUACUUCUUGAGUAUGUUGAACUGUAUCCCUGUCUGGUUCUAUAUCAUGCCUUCCGAUGUUUUGUGUUUCAGAUGCUAUCUUUGUAUUUAAGUGUCAUUUAUUUAGUUAUUUCAAAAUUUGUUGUCGCAACUUCUUACAUCCAAUGUCCAUGUGUUAUAAGAUAGCAACAAAGCAAAUGGAAUGGGCGCUUGCCAACUUGGCGCCGCCUAACUUCCUCUCAAGAGGGGCCACCCGCAACACCUAGUUUGUAUCGAAAGCAUUCACAGCCAACCUCAUGUCGGCCACCAGUUUCCGCUGGAGGCGGGCGCACUGAUGCCAGCUGGGACUCUCUGGGGCUCCGACGCUGUGCCAUGUGCGUCUCACGUGCGGGCCCGAGAAGUCCAACUGCGCCGUUUCCGACAGUACGCACGCACACCACGCGAACCGCAGGUUGCAAGCUACCACGAGCCACGCCUAUAAAAUGGCGGCCGUGUCCUCCUCCACGAGCCACGCCUAUAAAUCGGCAACCUUUCGGAGAAGCGUCUUCGACCGAAUCCACCGCCUUCAUCCAUGGCCGAGCACGUGAGCCACCAGGGCGACGCGUCGCUUGGCCACGUACAGAUCAGCCAUCCACAGAUCUCCCACGACACGGCCGGCCAUUGUGGGCACGACGCCGCGGGGACGGCUCACGACGCGGCCGGUGCGGGAGCCAACCAGGCCGGCGGAGUUAUGCAGGAGGUGGACGGGCAGGCGCAGCUGGUCGUGCAGAGCGCCGUCGACGCCGCCACGGGGGCCGCGGAGGCCGUCAAGACUGCCACCGGCCUCGGCGGCAACUAGGCUGGCAGCGCGCGUGCGCAGGCAUGGCUCUCUCCUGAUCCCGCAGCGAUGCUAGACUUACGGACAAGUUUUACGGAUUAGAAGUUACAGAAUGAGAUGGCAUGAACUGAUUUAGAGGAAACAAACCCCACCGGGAAAUGCAGGGGGUGGGGGGCAAAUUAGGGAGGGGCAGGUCAGUCCGUAGGAGUGAUUUCGUGAAAACGGCUCAUACGUUGAGCAUUUUCGCCUGACAACGAUGCUAGACUUACGGACAAGUUUUACGGAUUAGAAGUUACAGA